AUGGGACAUUGCCGGCGUUAUCCGGCUGCUUUCCGAGCCCUGCAGUUGCUCGCCUGGACUUUCCCGCUGGUGACAUUGGCUUCGUUGGCGGACGACACCUUAGAGAGAGCCUCGAAAUCCGAAGGCUACUGCAGCCGGAUCCUGCGAGCCCAAGGCACGAGGAGGGAAGGGUAUAAUGAAUUUAGCCUCCGCGUGGAAGGCGAUCCGGAAUUCUACAAGCCCGGAAACAGUUACCGGGUAACAUUAUCUGCAGCUACACCAGCCUAUUUUCGUGGAUUCACAUUGAUUGCUUUGAAAGAAGGCAAAGAAGGAGACAAAGAAGAAGACCAUGCUGGUACUUUCCAGAUUAUAGAUGAAGAAGAAACACAGUUCAUGAGUAAUUGUCCUGUGGCUGUGACAGAGAGUACACCAAGGAGGAGGACUCGCAUUCAGGUGUUUUGGACAGCUCCUUCUUUGGGCACGGGCUGUGUAAUUUUGAAAGCAAGUAUUGUACAAAAGCGAAUUAUUUAUUUUCAAGAUGAAGGAUCUCUCACCAAGAGAUUGUGUGAGCCAGACUUUGCCAUGGAAGGUGUGACAGAUAAGCCAAUCAUAGACUGCUGCGCCUGUGGAACUGCUAAAUAUAGACUUACCUUUUAUGGAAACUGGUCAGAGAAAUCACAUCCAAAAGAUUAUCCACGACGAGCCAACCACUGGUCUGCAAUUAUUGGUGGAUCUCAUUCCAAAAACUAUGUUCUUUGGGAAUAUGGAGGAUACGCAAGUGAAGGGGUGAAGCAAGUUGCAGAGCUGGGAUCCCCAGUUAAAAUGGAAGAAGAAAUUAGGCAACAGAGUGAUGAGGUUUUGACAGUCAUCAAAGCAAAAGCACAAUGGCCUGCCUGGCAACCACUAAAUGUGCGAGCAGCUCCCUCUGCUGAAUUUUCUGUGGACAGAACACGCCACCUUAUGUCUUUCCUUACCAUGCUAGGCCCCAGCCCUGACUGGAAUGUAGGGCUUUCUGCUGAAGAUCUGUGCACCAAGGACUGCGGAUGGGUCCAGAAGGUGAUUCAGGACCUGAUUCCAUGGGAUGCUGGCACUGACAGUGGAGUCACCUAUGAGUCUUCCAACAAGCCAACAGUACCUCAGGAGAAGAUAAGACCACUCACAAGUCUGGACCACCCCCAAAGUCCUUUUUAUGACCCUGAAGGAGGUUCCAUUAAAUCAGUAGCCAGAGUUGUCAUUGAGAGGAUUGCACGAAAGGGGGAACAGUGCAAUAUUGUUCCUGAUAGCAUCGAUGACAUUGUUGCAGAUCUUGCUGCAGAAGCUCCAGAAGACGAAGAUGAUACUCCUGAAACCUGCAUCUAUUCGAAUUGGUCUCCCUGGUCAGCCUGUAGCUCUUCAACAUGUGAAAAGGGCAAGCGGAUGAGGCAGAGAAUGCUCAAAGCUCAGCUUGACCUCAGUGUUCCUUGUCCAGAAACUCAGGACUUCCAGCCUUGUAUGGGCCCAGGCUGUAGUGAUGAAGAUGGCUCUACAUGCAUGAUGUCUGAGUGGAUAACGUGGUCCCCUUGUAGUGUAUCUUGUGGCAUGGGAAUGCGAUCGAGAGAGCGUUAUGUGAAGCAGUUCCCGGAGGAUGGCUCCAUAUGCAAAGUGCCUACAGAAGAGACGGAGAAAUGCAUUGUAAAUGAAGAAUGUUCUCCUAGCAGUUGCCUGGUAACUGAAUGGGGAGAGUGGGAUGAAUGCAGUGCCAGCUGUGGGAUGGGAAUGAAGAAGAGACACAGAAUGAUCAAGAUGACCCCGGCAGAUGGAUCCAUGUGCAAAGCAGAAACCACAGAAGCUGAGAAAUGCAUGAAUCCGGAAUGCCACACCAUUCCCUGUCUGCUUUCUCCUUGGUCUGAAUGGAGCGACUGUAGUGUCACUUGUGGAAAGGGGAUGAGGACCAGGCAACGGAUGCUCAAAUCUGCUGCGGAGCUUGGAGAUUGCAAUGAAGAACUAGAACAAGUAGAGAAAUGCAUGCUGCCAGAGUGUCCAAUUGACUGUGAUCUGACAGAAUGGUCUCAGUGGUCUGAAUGCAAUAAGUCUUGUGGGAAAGGCCAUAUGAUCAGGACAAGAAUGAUCAAAAUGGAACCUCAGUUCGGAGGAGCUCCAUGCCCAGAAACUGUACAGCGUAAAAAAUGCCGAAUAAGAAAAUGCUUGAGAAACCCCAAUAGUGAGAAAAGGCGCUGGAAAGAAUCUCGGGAGAAAAGGAGGAGUGAACAAGCGAAAGAAGAUGUAGAUGGUGGGCAAUUCCCAGGUUGUAAAAUGAAGCCGUGGACUGCUUGGUCAGAAUGCACCAAACUGUGUGGGGGUGGAAUCCAGGAGAGGUUUAUGACCGUCAAGAAGCGUUUCAAAAGUAGUCAGUUCACUAGCUGCAAAGACAAGAAGGAAUUAAGAGCCUGCAAUGUUCAUCCCUGUUAGCAAACUGAAGUCUUUUGGAUAAUGCACUCCUGAGCUAAAUGUAAAAAAAAAAAAUCAACCUCGGUUAGAUUUUUUUUUUUUAAAAAAAAAGAGAAAAUAUAUAAAUUGUGUAUAUUAGUCUUCAUUUUUUGCAGUGUGGUUUGCUUAAUUAGUCUUGCUGGUGCAAGAGAUCUAUUUUAUAAAUACUUCCUUACAAAGAACUGCUGAGAGUAGCUCCUUGAUGCUCCAGCUAGCCCUUAAUGCAUAAAACUAGUGAAGUCAUUGUGAAAUCUUAUAACACUGAAAUUAUAGACAUAUCUGUGUGGACAAAUCAUAACCAUAGAAAUAGUCCCUGUAAAUACUUGGGAUGCAUGCAAAAAUGAUACUGCAAACUUAAAUAUUUGGAAACCAUUUUCAAAAUAUUGAAAGCAGUGCCUCUGUGUUUAUACAGCUGUGCCAAGGAAUUACUUCAAUAAUACUACAGGUGCAUAUUGAUCUUUAACCAUCAGCAAUGUAAAAAAAAUGGUAUUUAUAGCAAUCCUUUGACAAUAUCUCUUUUCUUCUUCAUGAAAUUGCUUAGACCCCUAUUAAAUAAAUCACCUUGCGAUUGUUUCCAUUAAGAAAGCAAAGCAAACAUAAGCUGCCCAGAUGUGAAGAGUAGGGGGGAACAAUUUUCUAUCUGUAAGCCAUAUGUUGAUUAGCCAGUAAGCUGCAUUUAAAAAUAUCUUCCAUAUUCUCUCACAGUCGUAUGCUAGGUCAAGGACUGGCAACCUUAAACACUCGAAGAGCCACAAAGGUCCUAACCGGAAGACUCUUCUUCAAUUCUGGAGCUGACUGGAAGUCCAGUUCCCUCACCAUAGAGUAUCCUCCUAGUGCAGCCUCCUUUUUCCUUUUACUGACUGGCAACAGGGAGCUGCAGCAGAGUGAUGAAAGAGCCACAUGUGGCUCCAGAGCCACAGGUUGCCGACCCCUGUGCUAGGUGAUAAGGUACUGUAAAAUAUCCUCCUUUUACAGGUUCUCCCUG